AUAUUUUGAAAAGAUUUUAGUCAGACGGGAACGUGUUAAAAAUUAGUUUUUCAAAUUGCAUAACUUAUCCAAGGAUCAGUAACCAACUAUAAUAUUUAAAGUGUGAAUGGAAAUUCACAGUAUCUUCGACUAAAGAACUGCAGUUGGAUCCGAUAGUAAAUUGAGAAGCGGUAAAACCUUAAGUAAAGUCCAAAACUUUUUUGUUCUAAAUACAUACAAAUUUUUUAGGACAUUUCAUACCAGUAGGAGCAGGUAAUAAGAUACUAACGGCGUAUACGUAAUUGAAUCGGGAGAUAAUUUAAAAGAUGCGCGAAAUUGUGCAUAUUCAAGCUGGACAAUGUGGCAACCAGAUUGGCGGCAAAUUUUGGGAAGUUAUAUCUGAUGAACAUUGCAUCGAUGCCACAGGCACUUACUAUGGCGAUAGUGAUUUGCAGCUGGAACGUAUUAAUGUAUACUACAAUGAAGCGACAGGUGCUAAAUAUGUACCUCGUGCUAUUCUGGUGGAUUUAGAGCCAGGCACCAUGGACUCUGUACGUUCCGGUGCCUUUGGUCAAAUUUUUCGUCCUGAUAACUUUGUGUUUGGACAGUCGGGAGCGGGUAACAAUUGGGCCAAGGGUCAUUAUACUGAAGGAGCUGAAUUGGUUGACUCAGUACUCGAUGUUGUAAGGAAAGAGUCUGAAGGAUGUGAUUGCCUACAGGGAUUUCAAUUAACACAUUCGCUUGGCGGCGGUACGGGUUCCGGCAUGGGAACAUUGUUAAUAUCGAAAAUUCGGGAAGAGUAUCCUGAUCGUAUAAUGAAUACCUUUUCGGUGGUGCCCUCCCCAAAGGUAUCCGACACAGUCGUGGAACCUUAUAAUGCCACACUGAGUGUACAUCAGCUGGUUGAAAAUACGGAUGAAACAUAUUGCAUCGACAAUGAAGCUCUAUAUGACAUAUGCUUUCGCACAUUGAAACUUACUACCCCCACUUAUGGCGAUUUAAAUCAUUUAGUCUCUGCAACAAUGUCCGGAGUUACGACUUGCUUACGAUUUCCGGGUCAACUUAAUGCAGAUUUGCGUAAGUUGGCUGUGAAUAUGGUACCAUUUCCACGUUUGCAUUUUUUUAUGCCGGGUUUCGCUCCACUGACUUCUCGUGGCUCGCAGCAGUAUCGCGCACUUACAGUGCCUGAAUUGACACAACAGAUGUUUGACGCCAAGAACAUGAUGGCUGCUUGCGAUCCUCGUCAUGGACGGUACUUAACAGUGGCGGCCAUUUUUAGAGGUCGCAUGUCUAUGAAGGAGGUUGACGAACAAAUGCUGAAUAUUCAAAACAAAAAUAGCAGUUUCUUUGUUGAGUGGAUUCCAAAUAACUGCAAAACUGCUGUUUGUGAUAUUCCUCCUCGCGGUUUAAAAAUGUCAGCGACAUUUAUUGGCAAUUCAACAGCUAUACAAGAAUUAUUCAAACGAGUUUCUGAGCAGUUCACAGCAAUGUUCAGGCGCAAAGCUUUUUUGCAUUGGUAUACUGGCGAAGGUAUGGAUGAAAUGGAGUUCACCGAGGCUGAAAGUAAUAUGAAUGAUUUAGUAUCUGAAUACCAACAGUACCAAGAAGCCACCGCCGAUGAAGAGGGCGAGUUCGACGAGGAUGAAGAAGGAGGAGGGGAUGAAUAACAGUUCUUGGUUUUGGAGAUGGUAAUAGGAAAAAAUCUCUAUAUCUUUACUUAAUUAAUAUUAUUAUGCGCUCCUCACAAUUGUAAAAUCCAAUUGUAGCUUUUUGUUCACUUCUCAGCAAGUAUUUUGUAUUAUGUACUAUUUGCUUUUCUUGUGCGCAAGUAUACGCUUUUAGUAAAAUUUA